AUGGCUUUAGAAAUGCGCUCGAGCAGCAAGACAACCAUUCAGGAGGUGGUCUUUCGAGCAGGCCGCAUCUUCGCGGUUCUCCUGGCAGCAUGGGUGCUGGCGGGCGUGUCCAUGGCGGCGUGGCUGUGCUACUCGCGGCACGCGUCGUACGAGAGCGAGCGGUGGCAGCACCUCGACACGUGGUGCUACGAGCGCGCCAAGCUCUUCGAGCAACACACUCUCACCACCGUCAGCCAGAUCCGCACAUUCGCGGGGCUGGUGGCGGUGAUGGGCAAGCCGAAGAGGGACGGCGGCAAGUGGACGUGGGACAAGUGCUUCACUCGCCUGCGGUGGGACGAGUACAUUAACAAGACGGGUUACGCCCGCCCGGGCAACACGGGGGCCAUGCUCUGCCUCUUUGUCACUGAUAAGGAGCGGCCAGCCUUUGAGCGGCAGUACGGCGGGCCGAUCACGGACAUGGCAGGGCAGCCGCAGCAGCGCCAGCCGCUCUACUGCCCCACGAUGAUCGACCUGCACUACUACCGCUCCUCCAUCCCCCUCGUCGACCUCGUGCAACGCAUCCCCGACGAGCUCGCCUUCCUCCGACGCACCGCGGAGGUUGGGUAUUGCGUUGUAACGCCUGUCGGAAACCUCAGCUACAACCUCACAGGUGUUGCGGUGGGCUUCCCCAUCUUGCAGCACCCGCUGCCGCCGAACCCAACGCAGCAGCAGGCAGAGGAGGCGGUGAUUGGGGGGGCAGGGUCGGUUGUGGACUUCACCUCCAUCGCCAAGAACGUGCUCACCAAGGUGUUUUGCCCAGACCCCUCGAUCACGUUUGAGGCAUAUGACACCACAGACCCCAGUGCCCCCACCAUGAUCUACGGGCCGGGUCCAAGGCUCAUUUAUUACAAGGAGAGGGACAUCUUACCCUUCACUGCCGCCUCGCCCGACAACGUUACGCGCCCUUGGGAGCAACGUGCCGUCGUGCCCCUCGACCUGCUGGGCGGCCGCCUGCGCCAGUACCAGGUCUGGUGCCGGUGA